ACUACAGUCCAGUAAAAAAAUUCACGUUCAACACUUUUUCUCUCUCUCUCCUUUUCUUGUUUUUACUUUCCUCUUGGACAAUCUUUCUCUGUCUAUUCGUACGCAAGUAGCCCUGAAAUCUCGAUCUCAAAAAUCCUUCGGUCAGAAUUUUAGAAUCUUUUUCUUCUCGAGCGUUUUCGUAAGCGACGCAAUUAAUUUUCCGAAAUUGAGAUUCGGCGAUUUGCGUACGGUUCUCUCUCACGUUUGUUUUUUUUAACGCGAUCUGCUUGAAUAAUUUGAUGAUGGGGGGUUUUCCAUUUGCUUUAUUAGAAAGCUGAUUUUUUCUCCUUUGAUAGGGUUAGAGUUAGCUCGUAUCGUGACUAGGUUUCAGGGGCGAAAUUAAUCUAUGAAUUUUGAAGAAUUGGGGUUUUCCGGUUGCUAUUUGAUCCGCUGCCGUUGUUGUGUAAAUGCUUUUAAGAGGGGAUCUAGGAUUGUUGUGCAGUUUGGUAGCGGUGGUGCUUGGAUGGCUCUUCGUCCGCCGGAAAUUGCGGCGCGCCGCUGCCCGGAGGGACGAGGUCAGGAGGCUCAUGGCUUUUGCGUCGGAGGAGGCAGCUAGGGUUGAGCGUGAAGCUGCCGCUAUCUAUAGAAGCUACGGCUCCCCCCUGCCGGCUCAGCCAAUUGUGGCGGAGGAACCAAUUGUAGGGCCAGGAUCACCUCCGGUACGGCAAUUGCAGUACCAGUGCGAGGUGUGUUUUAGCCCAACCACAACUCGUUGCAAGCAGUGUAAAGCCGUUCGUUACUGCUCCAGAAGAUGUCAAAUAUUCCAUUGGCGACAAGGUCACAAGGAUGAGUGCCACUCGUUUAGCAGUAAUCAGAAUGGUGAUGCAGGAGCCCAGUCCGAUCAUGAAGAAUUUAAGCAAAAUGAGAUCCAAAGCAGUCAAAAUGUUAUUGAGGUUGAAGUAAUGGAUUCUACCAAACCAGUUAUAUUGUCUUCUCGAGAAGACGUGGUUUCAGAUAAAGUUUCUCAUGUGCUUGAUGAGAAUAAUGACACUGAAACUGAAGCUGAAGCUAGUCAUGAUCUGAAAAAAGCUGAUAUAAAUGUGAAGGCACGGGUACAGUUGCUUCCUGAUGAAUCUUCGCCAUCCGCCAUUUCAAAGGACACAUCUGUUGCUUUGAAUAACUUAAAAGAUGGUAAUAAAUUUGAUGCACAGAGUACUAUGAAUGUGGAGUCCAUUAAGCCUCUCUUAUCAGAACAACCUACUGUGACCAGUCCUGGACAUGGUAUGCCUGCUGUCAGUGUCUCAAAUCAGCUGAAGUCUGAUUGUAUCGAUAUAGAUGAGAAGUCUGAAUCUUCAACUUCAUCCGGCUGCAAUGACAAUGGCUCGGAAGAACAUCUACUUUCUGAACCUUCUUCGCCCUCAUUUGAUUUUUGGGGUGGAAAAAUUGAACCCGUUAGAUCCAAAAUCAAUCAAGUUCAUGAGGAUGAUGUCAGCAUGCUGAAUUCUCGUUCAUCACUUCGUCCAUCCUCAGACAGGAUUAAUGGCCAUGUUGAAAUGUUGCGUCCUGACAAGAGUAAAGUCCUGGUCGAUUAUCCUUCUCCAGCUGCACCGGCUCUCAAGGAGUCAAUUGCAGUAUCAGAAGUGAGUGAAGAUGGUUUGAAGCCCAGAGGACCACAAUCAUUGGCACCUAAACAUUUGGACCGUGAAAUUGGUCGAAAAAAUGGUAGUUUAGAUACUUUGAAGCGUCAACAAAAUGAUUCUUCAGGACUACUAUCUUCUGAAGCCCGUUUCUCUUCUAGCGCCUACAUAAGUAAACCUUCUGUUCUUGAUGUGGAGUCUGUGAAAAACGAGCGUUUGCAAGGCGAUGCUUCUUGCUCUUUGGGAAACGGUCUCUAUGCGCGAAGUGCUUCAGCGAGAGUUGUGGAUCAGCGGAGAGCGUCUAACUUUAUUAGGCAUGGUUCUUUAGGCGCUGGAAGUGGGAAAAUGGGAAGAUAUGAGGGUUCGUUUCCAUAUGACGUUUUUGUAAAGCUUUACCACUGGAACGAGGUUGAAUUAUGCCCCUUUGGACUUUUAAAUUGUGGGAACAGCUGUUACGCGAAUGCUGUGCUCCAGUGUUUGGCAUUUACUCCGCCCCUCACAGCCUAUUUUCUCCAAGGACUACAUGCGAAAUCUUGUCGAAGAAAAGAAUGGUGCUUCACCUGUGAAUUUGAGGCACUAGUUGAGAAGGCCAUGGAAACCAAUUAUCCUUUGUCACCAGCCCGGAUAAUGUCCCGGAUGCAGAAUGUUGCAAGUCAUCUGGGUAAUGGUAGGGAAGAAGAUGCUCAUGAAUUUCUGAGAUACGCAAUCGAUGCCAUGCAAAAUAUUUGCUUGAAGGAAGCUGGAGUUAAUGCGCCAGGCUCUUUGGAUGAAGAAACAACCCUCAUGGGGCUCACCUUUGGGGGCUACCUCCAGUCAAAGAUUAAAUGUAUGAGAUGUGGGGGAAAAUCCAAGCAGCACGAAAAAAUAAUGGAUCUCACCAUUGAGAUUGGAGGACAGAUAGGAACUCUUGAAGAUGCCCUACGUCAGUUCACUCACUCCGAGGUUUUAGAUGGUGAAAAUAAGUACCACUGCGGCAGAUGUAACUCAUACGAGAAGGCCAAAAAGAAGCUGACGGUAUUGGAGGCUCCUAAUGUACUCACCAUUGCACUUAAAAGAUUUCAGUCGGGAAAAUUUGGGAAGCUGAACAAACCAGUGAAGUUUCCGGAGAUUCUGAAUUUAGCUACGUUCAUGAGUAGAACAAGUGACAAAUCCCCGAUUUACCAGCUUUAUGGGGUGCUGGUUCACUUGGAUGUUUCGAACGCCACAUUUUCUGGUCAUUACGUGUGUUACAUAAAGAACAAUCAGGGGAGGUGGUUCAAAGCUGAUGACAGUGUGGUGCAACCGGUUGAGGUCGAAAAGGUUCUGUCCAAAGACGCGUAUAUGCUUUUCUAUGCAAGGUGCUCGCCACGCGCACCAAAACCAAUACGAGAGUCAAUCGCAUGCCACGAUCCUAUAAAACCAAAUACUAUAUUCAGAACCCCCCAUCAACCCGUUUCAUUAGACAAUUUGACUCCUAACGUUGACUUUUUCCGGGAUAUCAAGAACAACAACACGGUGAAUAAUUAUACCAGGAGGAGGAAUUUAGAAGAAAGUUCGAGCGAAUGCUCUUCUACUUCUUCCUCUUUUUUCUCUGAGUCCGAAUCUAACAGCACAGAGAGCAGCAAUAGGGGAUCUGUAAGCACAAACGACGAAAUAUCGUUGGAUCAAAGUUUGGGCGUUGACCAAACGGUCAACUGCUGGAGCAGACAAUGGAGGGGCGCCUCGGAUUCGGACUCGUCACCGUCACAGUCAUCUUCUUCUUCGUCUCCUCUGUGCAUGAGGCGCUCGCGGCUUGCUGAGCUGGGCCAUUACUCCGAGAGAAGUGGCUUUUGCUCUGCUUUCAAUGUAAGUUCGAAUAUGGAUGGGGAUCGUUUUCGGGAAACGGGUAAUUGUAAAGAAAGGGUUUCGCCUAUUUUGUGCAGCUCGAAUAAGGUGACGGUUAGGGCUUGUAGAGGUAGUUAGUUGUAGGGACAACUAAUCCAAUAGAUUAGGAAUCAAUAAUAAAAGUCUGAAAAAAAUAUGUACAUUUGAGAAUAUGCAAGAGAGAGAGAGAGAGA